UUUCCCCAGGGCACCAAUGCCUCUGCUCUGGAAAAAGACAUUGGGCCAGAGCAAUUUCCACUUAAUGAACACUACUUUGGGCUGGUCAACUUUGGCAACACGUGCUACUGUAAUUCCGUCCUGCAAGCCCUGUACUUCUGCCGGCCAUUUCGGGAAAAUGUGCUGGCAUAUAAGGCCCAGCAGAAAAAAAAGGAAAAUCUCCUGACUUGUCUAGCAGACCUUUUCCAUAGCAUUGCUACACAGAAGAAGAAAGUUGGGGUGAUUCCUCCCAAAAAAUUCAUCUCAAGGUUACGGAAGGAGAAUGAUCUCUUUGACAACUACAUGCAGCAGGAUGCUCAUGAGUUUUUGAACUACUUACUAAACACCGUUGCUGACAUUCUGCAAGAGGAGAAGAAGCAGGAAAAACAAAAUGGCAAAUUGAAAAAUGGAAACAUGAAUGAAGCAGAAGAGAACAACAAACAGGAGCUCACCUGGGUGCAUGAGAUUUUUCAGGGAACCUUGACCAAUGAAACCAGAUGUCUGAACUGUGAAACUGUUAGUAGCAAAGAUGAAGAUUUUCUUGAUCUCUCUGUUGAUGUAGAACAGAACACAUCAAUAACUCACUGUUUAAGAGAUUUCAGCAACACAGAAACGUUGUGUAGUGAACAGAAAUACUACUGUGAGACCUGCUGCAGCAAACAGGAGGCUCAGAAACGGAUGAGGGUUAAGAAGCUGCCAAUGAUCCUCGCCUUGCACCUGAAAAGGUUCAAGUACAUGGAGCAGCUGCACCGGUACACCAAGCUCUCCUACCGAGUGGUCUUCCCCCUAGAGCUGCGACUCUUCAACACAUCUGGGGAGGCCAUCAACUUGGACCGCAUGUACGACUUGGUGGCUGUUGUUGUUCACUGCGGCAGUGGCCCUAACCGUGGACACUAUAUCACCAUUGUGAAAAGUCAUGGCUUCUGGCUUUUGUUUGAUGAUGAUAUUGUAGAGAAAAUUGAUGCACAAGCUAUUGAAGAAUUCUAUGGCCUGACUUCUGAUAUAUCAAAAAAUUCAGAAUCUGGAUAUAUUUUAUUUUAUCAGUCAAGGGAAUGAUUGGGAAGACUGUGACUUUCUCCAUACUAGAGGGCAUCCUGACCAACACUGUUAACUGACUACUCUGUAGACCUGUCCAAUACAGCCCCUGCAGAAUCAUUGCUUAAUUAUUGACUAAAACUCCUAACUUAUGACUAGAAGGUUCUCCCAUCCUAAGUUAUCAAGAAAAAGAACAAAUGUAUAGAGACUCAUGUUCAUCAGCUGAAUCCUGCUGAAUUGAGGUAUACUGUUGGAUAGGCAUUUGCAUCACCAUUAAGGACCAUUUCUUCACCAUUUCUGAAGUUCCAUUCCUUUUCACCAGUGAUUUGCAGACUGUCUUGUGUGGAGUUCUUGAGUUUCUUAGAUGCUUCAUGAGUAUUCCUCAAUGAUAAGAUCACUCAUAAUGAGAGCAAUCUAUAAGGUAGCUGCUAAGAUCCCUAAUAGAACAGGUGGCUCAUUGCUGAUCCCCAGAGGGACGGAGAGAGAGAGGAAGGAAGCUGUGUUUAAAGAAGCAAGAAUAUGUUCCUCUGCAAGGAAUAGGACCAGCUGAAGACAUUUCACUCAAGCCACCCCUUCCAAAUCAGAAACUAUAAUUGAUACCAGUUCCCUAAAGCAACCUUUCCCAGCCUCUAUACUUCUCUAGAUGUUUUGGGCUGCCAUUUCCACCAUCCUUGAACUUUUCACAUGCUGUUCAGGGCUGGUGGGAGUUGUCUAAAACAUCUGGGGCUACCCAGCUCUGGGAAUGCUGAUUUUUCCAUCUGAUUUGCCCCAUAACUACAACACUGAGCUUUGACUGGAGUUAUAAAUGUAUUUUAAGGUGCACACAUGUAUUUUUUAAUUGAUGAAUCCCAGCAAGCCUGGCUAGUACAUUAUAUAAAGUGAGUUUAAAGGG